AUGGCGGCACUAGGGGCCCACUUGUGCAGCGACGGCAACACCAGAGCCAGCGUCGACUACAGGACGGAGGCCGGGGAGAGAUACUUCUGGACGCAGCCAAAAGUUCCCCAAGGAAGAGGCGCAGUGCGCUCGAAGCUGCGAGCCUGGUCCGCCGGGCCGGCGUCUUCAAUGCGUUUCGGCGCUUGCUCUUGGCAUUUGCGCGGGCGCGCCCCGGCGGGCGUCAGGCGGCGGGAGGACAUAUUCCUCGGGGAGGUCUUUCACUCCAGGUGGAAGCGAGACGAAUGGCGCGCCAAGUAUGGUCGUCGAGCGAGCCAGGUGAUCCAGCGAUUCAUGGGCGCCGAGAUGAUCAAGCAAUUCAGUUUACGAGUCUGA